GCAAAGUCUUCUCCUCCUAUAGCAAACAAAGUUCACAUUUUUCCUCCUCUCCCUCCCCUCCUUUCUUCUUGUAUUCCUCUUGGGGCAAGAUCAACAAAACCCCAACCAACUGUUGGCUUUUGCCCCUUCCUGCAGAGGUUGUCCUUCUUCUACAGUAUCAUCAGAGGCAAGCAACAGCAGCAGCUCCCUCUCCCAUCUUCUCAUACCAACUCCUUCAUAUUAAUCAGUUCAAGGUGCCUGCAGAAGAGUGAACAAGCAGUUGCUGUGUCUGUUGGUGCCAUUCCGCCAACACAUCUGGAUCAAGAUCAUGCAAUAAUCUCCAGAACAAAAAACCCCACAGGAGAAGGAUAUUAUUUAUUUAUUAUUUUUUUUUUUACUUUCCUUUGUGUUGCUACUUCUCUCCACUGCCUAAAAAAUGGAGAGAGUUCUGAAGCCUUAUGACAAGGAAUACAUGAGGCUAGCCAUGUUAAAGCAUGAAGAAACAUUCAGACAACAGGUUUAUGAACUGCACAAGCUAUACAGGAUCCAGAAACUAAUGAUGAGAAGCUCUGGCAAACCCAACAAGACCAUGCCUCACAAUCAUCAGAUUCCUUCCAACAGCCAUCAGGAUUUCUGGAAAAUUUCCUCCAGGAUUAAUGGGUUCAGUUUCAACUCCAGGAACAACAUUAUAGAUGCUCCUCCUCCUCCUAAUCAGCUUUAUCGUGACAAGUUAGCAAUGGAGCUGGACUUGGAAAGGCAAGCAGAGGAAUUUGCAGAGUCCAAUGGCUGCCGCGGAGGGGAUCAUGUCGAUAAACAAAAGAAUGGAACAGUUAUCAUGGAGGAGUGUGAGAUUGAGUUGACAUUGGGGCCAGCUAGUUUUUGUCCAAGUAGGAAGAAACCAUGUCGAGAAGAAGCAGCGUUGACCUCAGAAUCGGGAGGUGGAAGCCUGUCUUCAUCCUCCACUGGGUCGAGUCAGAUUAACAGGAUGAGCAAUAAAGACAGCAGAGCAGAUGAUCCUGAAAAUGGGAUGAUGAUGAAGAAGCAGAAGCAGAGUACUGUUGGAAUUAUUGGUAGUAAUAGCAAUGUUGUUAACAAUAACAAUAAUCAUAAUGAACAGUUGAGAAGGCAGCAACAGGAUCAUAGAUUAAAGCAGCAGCAGCAGCCUCCCUGGCUUUGCCAGGUUCUGAGCUUGAAUAUGACUUGAAAUAAAGAAGUUUCAUGUCAGCUGGUGGAGAUUUGUGAAUUGGAUGGGUGGAAUUGGGUCAUUUGAAACGUUGGUGGGUUCUAUUUUUCUUUGUUCUUGUCUUCUUUUCCAUGGUUAAUUAUUUUCCAUGGGUUGAUGGAAGAGUUUCAGGAAGGAUAUGUCAGACUUUGUUGUAAGGAUGACUUGACUGCUUUGUUUGGGGCUCUCAACUCAACUGGUCUUAGCUAGCUAGCUCCAGAUUUGUCAAUUGACUGCAGAUUUUCAGGCUGGGAAUCUAAAAUUUUAACUCCCUCUGUCACCACUCUUUUCUAGUAUAUGUAGAUCACCUUUCUCGCGAUUUAUGCGUAUUAUCCUUAUGCAAAGGUCAUGCUAGUUUUCUUUAUACUGUUUAAAUUUUAUCGGAUGUCCCCGAUAUUAAUUACCUCGGAAAAUGAUGUUCAGAAACAGACAGCAUGGAAAUUUCUGAUAUGGGUUUAUGGCUGUCAAUAGAAGCUAUAAAAGAAGAAACGAAAAAAGAAGGC